CUGCUAGCUAAGCACUCCACUAAUACAUUAAAAUAAUGGGAAAAAUAAAAUAAUGAGUAUAUAUAUUAUAUAUAAAUACACGGAAAAGGUAGACGGAAUGGAUUAGCAUGAGUCCCCAUCGGCCUCGAUUAUUCACAUAUUCGCCAAAUCCACACAUCUCUCGCCGUUAAUAUUUCCGCCACUCUCGCCGUUAAAUCCUUUUCAUCGUUUUCCCACCCCGCACCACCACCACCCCCCACCACCGCCACAUCACCCUAUUGUAGAAUUCCGCUUGGAAAAGAGAACCCAAAAAAAAAAAAAAAAAGGUACACACCGGGAACUGACGCCGUGACUGAACGAAAGAACAAACGAUCCUCCCAUCGCGCUAAGGAGGAGACUAAGCACUAAGUAGCAGUCGGACAGCGGCCACUGCUUCCUCCGCCGUCUUCUCCCGGCGCAGAUUUGAAUUCUGUAUAAAUUCUUCAUCAUGCCGCCGCAUUUACCGUGCCGCGCAUUUCUUCUCCUUCGAUUGAUGCCGUGAUUUUGCUUUCCGGUUGGUAUAUACUCCGGACAGUUUCCGGUUUUGGUUUCACGUGUGUUUAUCUUCACACGAUUUACAUAAAGGAGGAUACGCUUCGUUGUUUCUAUUCAUUAUUCUUGUUUUAUGUAUGUAUAUGCAUAUUCGUAAUAAAGAGUUACAAUAAGAGAAAACAGUAGACGUCUCAAAUGGUGGUGAUGGAAGACAACGAGAGUUGCGGUAGCAGAAUGGCGGCAGAAUCCACUAACAGUAAUAGUAGUAAUAGUAGCAAUAGUAAUCGGCAGCUGAACAAAAAGGUGGAGGUCUAUAAUGAGGUUCUCCGGAGGCUCAAGGAGUUGGGCCAUCCGGAGUCUCUGUCGCCGGACUUCGAUCAUCAACUUUGGGCGCACUUCAAUCGUCUCCCAACCAGGUAUGCAUUAGAUGUCAAUGUGGAGAGAGCAGAAGAUGUUCUUACCCACAAGCGUUUGCUACAAUUGGCUCAUGAUCCUGCUAAUAGGCCAGCAUUUGAGGUUCGGCUUGUACAGGUACCUCCCGCAUCUGAUUCAUAUUCAGUUGGUUCUUCGGACCCGAGUUCUACUAGAAAAGAAGCUCCCCGCAGUAUUCAUCCACCUCCUGCUUUUGGUUCUUCACCAAAUCUUGAAGCACUUGCACUUGAAGCUAGUAAAAGUACAGAUGAAGCCGACGACACUGCAGUACAUUCUAAAUCAAGGCCUAUGCACGAGAUUACCUUUUCAACUGACGACAAGCCAAAAGUCCUUAGUCAGUUGACCUCAUUGCUUGCUGAGGUUGGCCUGAAUAUCCAAGAAGCACAUGCCUUUUCGACUGUGGAUGGAUACUCCCUUGAUGUCUUCGUUGUUGAUGGUUGGCCGUUUGAGGAAGUUGAGCAGCUUAGAAGUGCUUUAGAAAAGGAAGUAUUGAAGAUUGAGGAACACUCUUGGCCUAAUCAGCGCUCUUCAUCUUCUCUUGGUGGCUUUGAUAAACCUGCGAUCGAAUGUAAGCCUGAUCAUUUGACAAUACCUGAUGAUGGUAGUGAUGUUUGGGAAAUUGACCCUCAGCAUCUGAAGUUUGACUUGAAAGUUGCAUCAGGAUCGUAUGGUGAUCUAUACAAGGGCGUAUAUUGUAGUCAGGAAGUAGCUAUUAAAAUCCUGAAAGCUGAGCGAUUAAAUUCGGAGCUGCAGAAAGAGUUUGCCCAAGAAGUGUAUAUAAUGAGGAAAGUCCGCCACAAGAAUGUUGUGCAGUUCAUUGGGGCAUGUACCCGACCUCCAAACUUGUGCAUUGUGACAGAAUUUAUGUCUGGAGGGAGUGUAUAUGACUAUCUACACAAACAAAAGGGGGCCUUCAAGCUUCCUUCCUUACUCAGAGUAGCUAUUGAUGUAUCAAAGGGGAUGAAUUAUCUCCAUCAGAAUAAUAUAAUACACAGAGACCUCAAGGCUGCGAAUCUUCUAAUGGAUGAAAAUGAAGUUGUCAAGGUAGCUGAUUUUGGGGUGGCCAGAGUAAAAGCACAGACCGGUGUCAUGACUGCUGAAACGGGGACUUAUAGGUGGAUGGCUCCCGAGGUUAUAGAACACAAGCCUUAUGACCACAAGGCUGAUGUUUUCAGCUUUGGGAUUGUUGUGUGGGAGUUGCUGACGGGAAAGCUUCCAUAUGAGUACUUAACUCCAUUGCAAGCAGCCAUUGGCGUGGUGCAAAAGGGUUUGCGACCAACUAUCCCCAAGCACACUCCGACCAAACUUGCUGAGCUGUUGGAGAGAUGUUGGCAACAAGACCCAGCUUUGAGACCUGACUUCUCUGAAAUAAUUGAAACCUUGCAGCAAAUCGUUAAGGAGGUAAAGUGAAGCUAUCCUUUUGCUUGUUUUGUAUAGUAUGCUUUUCAUACUAAACCUUGCUUACGUGUAAUUUACAAUCUUUCAUUUUUAACUUUCAAUGUAUGACAUGCCCCUGCCUCUGGUUAUAUGUGUAUACGUGUAUCUGGUGCAGGUUGGUGAGGAAGGAGAGGACCGCCGCAAGGAGAAAUCUGGAGGCUUUUUUUCUGCCCUGAGACGGGGGCAUCACUAGAUUAAAGCUAUACACUUCUCUUUGAAGUUUCAUUGAGGAAUGGAUGUGUAGUUCUUUGUUCCUUUUUCCCCCCUCAAAUCUUGGAAAAGGUAUUAGCUUAUCCAAUUAACCAUUCAUAUACUAUCAUCAUUUGUAAAGGAAACAGAGAUACACAAGAGCUCAAAACAAAUCACUAACAAAUGAGAGAAAGAAUCAAGUUGAUUUACUGGUCAUAUUUUUGACAAUAGAAGAUUUCAAGAUUAUGCACUCUCAAAGGAAGAGUUGAAGGGGUGGGCCCUGUUUGGGUUGCGUGGUUUUGGUUUGGUGUAUGGCACUCGGAUCUUAUUUUUUCAUGCCAUUUUUAUGGUACAAAAAAUCAUUUAAAAAAAAAAUCUAUAUUUAAAAUUAUGUAACUAUGAAACGCUAUUCACAGAAUCCAGUGAUUCGCAGCUGCUGUCUUUGUUUCAAUAUGUUAUUAGGAAACGCCUUUGUCUUACUUUAUAACAUGCCAGAUCUCCUUUUCAAAAAAAACAUGCCAGGUCUAAAUGUGUAUUUUGAGCAGCUAAACAUGAUUGGUUUAUACAAUGAUGUCUUGGAGUACAAUUUUUUUUUUUUUU